GCUACUAGAAUCUUAUUUUACUGAUCUGGCUAGGUUAUCUGCUGCUUAUCAACUUCCGGUGUAAUAUAUUAAUCUUUAAUAUUUAAUGUUACAUAAUCCUGUAUUAUUAAAUAAUAUUUGUCCGUAAAUAAUCAUUAGAAUAAUUAAGAUAAACAAUGUUUAAUAUUAUCUUUUAAGUUUGUAAAUCUAGUAUUAAAUUAGGUCAAGAUGUUUUUUCGACGAGCAUUACAAGUGUUUUCUUAUAUAACGUAUCGUCAUUUUCGCCGCCACCCUGGUAAUCCACCUUCUAUACUUCAGAAGUGGGAUAAUGUCUGGCCCAUAUAUCGACGGACUUGGUACGAAGAAAAGGAGACGCUGCGAGAACGCUGUACUCGACAGCGACGAAUCAUCAAGUUUUUUUUUCUUCAUCCGAUGACGAAGAGAUCUUGGAGAAACACAGGCGAUAUAAGAAGCGGCGUGUCACCCAAACCGAUGCGGAGGUUAUUCCAACGUUCCGACCGGAUGAAAAAUCUAGCAACGUCAAGGGAUGGUUGCAUAAGAUCGACCAAUUGGGCGACGUGUACGGAUGGGACAACAAAGAUCGACAGUUCAUCAUGCAGAUACGUCUUCGAGGGUCGGCUAGAGACUGUGCAGUACACCACAGCAACUAUACUACGGCCAGCCAUCCGCGACGGACUACCACAUGGCGAAGAGCGGACGCCGUUGCUACAAUUGCAAGAGGGAGUGACUUUCAACCGAAGAAAUGUUACGCCUGUCGAAGAGAAGGUCAUGAAGCAAAGGACUGCAAGGUGCCACGCUGCGAGGUGUGCCAUCGCCCGGGUCACACGUCUGCCAGCUGCUGGCAUGCGGCCAGCUCUUCACACCAAAAAGUGCCGUACAGCAGCGACAAAUCAGGCGCCAAUAGCAGCGCUGAUCGCCGUGGGACACGGCAUACACAGGAUGGCCGAAUGUUAUCAAUUAAUACUUGCGGUGCUACAUAUACGGCUAGUUCGGGUCUUUAAAAAUGUUGCCUCCUGGUAA